AUGACUCCCACACCUCCCUCAAGCACUUCCGUCGACGUCGAGACGCUCACAUAUACGCGUUGGGCCAACAACGAACCGAAACACACAACGAUCCCCGCACAUGGUUCAUCGGUCGUCACUGCCCUACUUUUAUCCUACGGGCAGAUAAUAGCAGCUUCGGAUGACAACAGCAUAUCCGUUCACUCCCUCGAGGGCGGUAAAUUGGAAUACAAACUCGUCGGACACAACGGUGGUGUUUGGGCUCUCGCAGCUACCAAGGAUCUGAUUAUCAGCGGGUCGACAGACCAGACUGUACGGGUCUGGGACCGCAAGACUGGCCAAUGCAAACAUAUCUUCGGAGGGCAUGCGUCGACUGUACGGUGCCUGACACUGGUGAAACCGGAGGUGAUUGACGUCGAAGGCGACGAUGGUGUUACGCGGAAGGAGAGGUGGCCCAAGCGAGACCUCAUCGUCACUGGUAGUCGUGACCACUCCCUGCGAAUAUGGACACUUCCUAGGCCCGAAGACCCCGGAUACAAAACCAAAUUCAAUGAAGAUGGCGAUAUCUCGGAUGACAACGUCUCUAACCCAUACCUUCGACACCAUCUUGAAGGCCACGAGCAUGCUGUCAGAGAAAUCAGUGCCAGGGGAAGAAUUGCGGUCUCCGGAAGCUAUGAUUGCACUGUUCGCGUUUGGGACAUCAUCAAUGGCGUCUGCAAAUGGACAUUGCAAGGUCAUACCCAAAAAGUUUACAGCGUUGUACUUGACCUGGCACGAAAUCAAGCGUAUUCCGGUUCCAUGGAUGGAACUGUCAGAGUAUGGAACCUUCAAACUGGAGCUUGUCAGCAUACCCUGACUGGGCAUACAUCCUUGGUUGGAUUGGUCGGCUUAUCUUCUUCGCAUUUGGUAUCCGCCGCAGCCGAUUCCACCAUCCGGGUUUGGAAUCCCGAGACUGGAGACCUGCAGCAUACGCUUGCUGCACACACUGGAGCGAUUACGUGCUUCCAGCAUGACGAAUUCAAGGUCCUCAGCGGGUCUGACGGGAACUUCAAGAUGUGGAACAUCAGGGAUGGGACUGUCGUCCGAGAUCUUCUGACAGGCAUCACAGGUGUCUGGCAGGUUGUUUUUGAAGGCAGCUGGUGUGUUGCCGCAGUGAACAGGCAGGGCGCUACUUCCAUUGAUAUCUGGGACUUUGGUGAGGUGGAGAACGAGCAUGUCGACUGUGCCGACGAAGAUCCAACCGAGGGUGAAGACGACGACGAGGAAACCAAUAAAUUGAUACGGGAUUUUGCUAAUAAAUGGUGUUGA